AGUGGAGUCACAUAUCUAUAUAUUUGUAGGUGUGUGUAUACAUAUACAAGUAUAGUCAAGUAAAACUCAACCGUUUUUUGGUCGAGUACGAAUAAUGAAAAUUUUCCUAAGAGUUUAGAUUAUUAUGGCUUCUUCCGCAGAUAUUGCAACAGCAAGAUUGCGAGCAUAUUUGAAUUUGCCAUUGAUAGAACGUUGUAAAGAAUUAGCAGUAUUUAUAGUCGAAUCUAGCACAACGGAACUACAACAUGUUUUUCCAAUUCUUAUCGAUUCCAUUUUUGGUGUAACAUCUAAUGUAGGAUGGGGCUUACACAAUAUUAAUUUAAAAAAACAUCCUUAUGAACAUGAAACUCUAUGCAACUUUUUUGGUCCUCAAGGACCUAUUUUUACUUUAUGUUAUAAACUUUUGCCUGAUUGUUAUCUGAAAUAUAAUUUUCCUAUUUCAUUUCUUCCUACAAAAAUAAAGCUAUUAGUAGAAGAAGGUAUCAUCCCACCUUUUUACCAGGAUAAAUUAAAAGAUGACCAUAAUACAAGAUGCCCUGCUGCUUUAUUAUUGAAUCCUUUUGAAUACUAUAUAUUUCACUUUGCUUAUCAUUUAACAAAUCCAUGGCUACAACUUCAUUUAAAUGAUGAUGUUUGGACUAAUUGGGAAACUGCUUACGUUCAGCUUGCUCAUUUAUAUUUAUAUCAUUUUUUACCACGAGACAAUUCUCCGGUAUUACCUAUAAUUGGACCAUACGUAAGAACAACACCGCCAAGAAAAUUAAUGCAGUCACCUGAUUUAAAAAGAUUACAAACUCCACGACUUUUAAGAACUUCUAUACUAUCUCCAGCGUCUCCACCGUCAGGAGUUCCUCAACAACAGUGUUUACCUCAAGUGUGGCGCAGUGAAACUGUUGUCCAAGUAUUUUUAGAUUUUUGGCUUGAAUAUACAGAAGAAGAUAAGUUAAUUUCACCGCUGAAUUCUUCUUUAUCUUCUUCACUACCACGAAGAAAUAGUAUUCAUUCUGGGGAGCAUAUUCGUUUGGUUCGUGCUUUUAUAAAAACGUUACAUGAAUUUGCGAAUAGUGCAACAGGUAAUAAAAGUGCGAUGGAUGAAUUAAAGAGAAUAAUACUUCCGUCGAUACAAGGAAAAAUUUACACCUUUUUACGACAAGCUAUUUAUCAUUGGCCAUUAGAUAGUUCAUUUAGACUUAUUCUUGAAGCUUGGUUAAGUUUUAUUCAACCCUGGAGAUAUAUUCCAGACUUUGGAAUUACGAAGAGUACAAAAUGUAGUGAAGAAGAAAAAGGAAAAAUUUCUGAUCCAUCAUACUGGAUGCCAUUUGUGGCUAAUAAUUUAUUAGCUUAUACUGCAAUUUUUCAGCAGCUAUUACCAAGAUUCAUGCGAACUGAUCUGGUAGCACCAAAAAAUGCUUUGAUGCUCUUUAGAGUUACUAAAGUAUUUUCUCAGCCACAUUUAGCGUUUAUGUUGGCUGAAGCUGAAAGUUGUAUAAGUGAUACAAGUUUAACUCGAAGCAAAAUAUCAACAAGUCAAUGGAAUAAUAUUAUUAGACAACAAAUUGUUGAACUUGAAGGUUCGACAUACCAAUACAUUCCAAUGUUCUCUGCAGCAACAUCGAGUCAGAUUAUAAAACUUCUGAUAACAAUAAAACAAGCUUAUCUUACUGCAGUCAGUAUAGUCGAAGCUUUGGAAAAAAGACGCAUAGAAAGAAAAUUUUUUAAGUCUUUAUGGGAAUUUUUUAAUGGUGAUGAAUGUACUGACGAUGAUAUUGGUUUAAUUGAAAGAAAAAGAGUACCUGGAUUAUUAGCUAAUGCUCAGCAACAAUUAGUUGAUAUAUUUGAACUCGGUGACAUUCCUGAAGCUUUUAUCGCUGCUGACAAAGAGUAUCAUGACAGUAUUUUAUCUACAUCUUUCUGUCAUCAAUCACACAUGAAUUCCAGCAUGGAUUCUAGUCGACCGGGUGAAUUUGUAUUAAUUCGAAACGCACAUCAAAAUUGCAAAUGUAUGGAUUAUAUGGGAGAUCCAGAAUUAAAACCUGUGUCUUCAAAUGAAUCUGCAUUCCUCGUACGCUUAUUGUAUAGGUUUUGCGAAGUUAUUAAUCAUAAGUACGAGACAAAGAUCAUAUCAAUGUAUAAUAGGAAUGAUUUUAUUGGAAGAAUUGCAAGAAAAAUUCUUCAACCACCAACAACGAUUAUUCAACUACCAAAACGUACACAAUCAGGUUUUUUACCAAGAAAAGAACGAUGUCUUCCGCCACGAUUGUCUCUAAGAUUUUUCGCAAGACAUAACUUUAUUGUACUUAUGCUUCUUGGGGCUUUUAUAUUUUGUCUUAUGGGUUAUAGUGUACCCUUUUUUAUAUGUUUUUCUUGGUUUCUUUGGAUAGUUUACAUUCUUAUUGGAGCUGCUUGUGAACCAUGGGUUUCCAGAUUUCAUGUUGAUAGUUUAAGAUCCAACAGUCAACUUUUUCAAUAAAGUAAUAAUAAUAAUUUACUCAAAUUAUAUGGUGUGAUUCCAUAUUAAAUAUCUUGUAAUUUUUUUACAUUCGUGACAAAUAAAUGAAGCCAUUAAAAAAAUAUAAAAUAUGAUUUUUUAUAAUUAUGAAGACAAGAGGGGUCUGAUGCUGUAGUCUUGAUGCUUCCAAUCUUAUAUUUUACGCAUUUUUUUUUCCUACGUAACACUUCUAACAAAAAGAUUAGUGAAAAAAAUGGUUUUCAAUGUCACAUUACAAUGCAAGAUAAGUUAAUAAUUAGUUAACCAUCUAAAAUUUAAGUAAGAAGUUUAAAUUUUAAAAUAUGUUUUAUUGAAAUUGAUACUGAAGAUUUUUUUUUAUAUGAUAAAAAAAAGUACCAUUAUGAAAUAGAUCAACUGAAAAAAAUGGCAUAUCCAUGUAAAUUAUAGAAUUUCAAAAUAUAAUUGAGUAUAUAUGAGAGAUUUCACGCCACAUUGAUGACUUUUGACUCCGACCCCUUUCGAUUUGGCUGAAAAUUUUUUUUUCCUUUUCUACUCCGUUAAAAUAAUUUUUCAGGAAAUUUUCAAAUUUUUUUACCCAACCCAAAAAAAGUUAUGAGUUUUUCAAAAAUAAGACUUUUAUUUUUUCAAAUAGCUAUAACUUCUUAGAAUAUUGACUAAUUGGGACGUUUUUUUUUCA